AUAACCUGCAUUUAAAAAACAUAACCUGUAUAAAUAACGUGUACCAGUUUUCCGAAUUUUUUUCCAAUAAAACUAAAACUGUGUAUUGAUACUCGAGUGUAGUGUAUGUGUUUAAAAGAAAAUUGUGAUAAUAUUAUUACGUUCCAUUCAAAAUGCAGGUUUCCGAUAUCAACAACGUUAAAAUUUACAAUUUGAGUGUAGGAAAAUCAUUGCCAGAGUGGUUACCCGAGAAGAAACGUAGAGCUCUUCUGAAAAAAAAUGUGGAUCUCAGAAGAAGAAUUGAAAUCAUUCAAGAUUUCGACAUGCCAGAUAUUAGUACUUCAGUGCAAGUUACCCCAGAUGGACAAUCUAUAAUAGCAACAGGUAUCUAUAAACCUAGAGUGAAAUGUUUUGAUGUAAAUAACCUAUCACAAAAAUUCGAUAGAUGCUUCGAUUCUGAAGCUGUUACGUUCGAGAUAUUGACUGAUGACUAUAGUAAGAUGGUAUUUCUCCAGUGUGAUAGAUAUGUAGAAUUUCAUGUAGCUCACGGAAGGCACUACAGAUUACGAAUACCCAAAUUUGGAACUGACAUGAAAAUGUUCUUUCCAACUGCAGAUUUGUUCAUAGUUGGAGUCACUCCCAAUAUUUAUAGAUUGAAUCUAGAGAGAGGCCAGUUCUUAACACCUUUCACGUCUGAAGCAUCUCAAAUAAAUAAAUGUGUUAUCAAUAAAGAGUAUAAAUUAAUAUUUACUGGCUCUAAAGAAGGAAAAGUCGAUUGCUGGGAUCCGAGAUCUAGAGAUUUGGUUGCAACUCUUGAUUGUGCUUUAAAUUGUGUCAAUGAAAAUAGCCAUUUGGAGAAAUUUCCUUCGAUAACUGCGAUGAAUUUUGAUGGUGGUUUAAAUAUGGCAGUUGGAACAGCCAAUGGGUUAGUUUUAUUAUAUGAUAUAAGAUCAGACAAACCCUACUUUAUCAAAGAUCAUAUGGAAGAACUACCAAUCAAGGAUAUUGCAUUUAAUACUAAACAAAAUCUAGUAUUUUCUAUGAAUAAAAGCAUUGUGAAAAUGUGGGAAAAAAAUACUGGAAAACCAUAUUCACAUAUCAUGGGGUCAUCGCAUUUCAACAACUUGUGUGUUGUACCAGAAACUGGGUUAUUGUUUAUCGCCAAUGAAAGUCCUAAAAUUCAAACAUACUACAUACCCAGUAUUGGGCCAGCACCCAGAUGGGCCAGUUUCUUGGAUUCCCUCACUGAAGAACUUGAAGAAUCUAAUGUUGAAAAUGUUUAUGACGAUUAUAAAUUUGUAACGAAGAGUGAGGUUGCUGCAUUGGGAUUGGAUAUUGAACAUUUGAAGAGAAACAAUUUGUUGAGGGCUUACAUGCAUGGCUACUUCAUGAAUGCUAGAUUAUACAAAAAAGCUAUUGCUCUUGCUCAACCAUUUGCUUUCGAAGAAUAUCGCAAGAAGAAGAUAAAGGAAACAAUAGAAAAGGAUAGAGGUGCGAGAAUAAAAGCCAAAAAUCUUCCUCAGGUCAACAAAGAAUUGGCUCUUAAGUUGAUGGAAAAAACUUCUAAAACCAAUAAAAAUGAAACUAAUGUGUUGAAUGACGAUCGAUUUAAAAGCUUGUUCAGUAAUCCCGACUUCGAAAUAGAUCCUAACUCUGAAGAAUAUAGAUUAAUAAACCCGGUUCUCUCGAAAAUGGAUAAAGCCAAACAGAAAAAGUUGAGGAGAACAGCUGAGGAUGAAGAUCAAGCAGAAGAAGAAGAGGAACUAGAAGGUAAGAAUAGUUCUGAGGAAUCCUCAGAUGAUGAAUUUGAGGAGACAAUAGCACAAAGCUCUGAAGAUGAAGUCGAAGAGGAACCUAGUAAAGUUGAAGUUACGAAUAGACAACCUGAGGAAGUUAUUAAGAAAAGAAGAAUGGUAGAAAGAGAUGAGCCUAAGAAAAAUGAAAUCUCACUAGGUGACCUAGUACAACAAGAAAGUUCAAGUAUAAAAUUAAUAGGUUCUUCUGGAAAUCGAGAAAUGACUUUCUCAGUGCAAAAGAAAAAGAAAGGUGGAAACAGAGAGGAGAGACUGAAGAAACAUUUGCAAGAAAGAAAAUCGGUGUCGAGGUCAAUGAAAGGUUUAAAAAUUGGCAAAAAGAAUUAUUAGUGCAAAUUGUGGGAGAGAUUAAAUGUAUCAUUAAUGUACAUAUUAGAGAAUGGUAGUAAUAUUUUCGAUUUACUCAAUGAAAAGCUUGCUAGUUCUUGUUUUUCUAUGUAAAGCUCACCAUUUCAUUAAUUUUUAUAUUGUUGAUGAUGAUUUGUGUUUUUUUUGUAAUGACCACAAUAAUCAAAAGCAAUUUCGGUAUAAUUCCUGUACAUAAAUAUAUACAAUGUAGGUAAAUGUAAAUAAAUAAUUUUGUAAUUCA